CUAAAUUCUCCUCCACAGCAAUAACCAACGCCAAAUUUGUAUUAUUGAUCAAAUUCUUGUGUUCAGUCAACAAUCGAGUUUGACAAACACUAGGCGACCGAGUGAAGGCAAGUAUACACAUUCACUGUGUAUUAUUUUUCAUUAGAACUGAUGAUUUAAUGAAUUCGACUGAACUCGUACUGACUCGAGUCGAGACGUGCACUGCAAUUAACUCGUAACACGGCUAAGAUGGCGAUUGGCGAUCCUGAUGUUUACAGUGCGCAUGUCGCUACUCGCUGUUGGUGACUGCGAAAUUUUUCAGCCAAAACGAACCCAUGAAAAUUGAAAACAGAGAUACAACGCGUCUCUCUUGGUGUGUCAGUCUGCAGAGGCCGGAGGCCCGGGCCGUGUAGUUCUGAAUCUCGAGAAUUUCAGUCUCAAACACAAUUCUGACAGAUAUAAUGCGUGGUAUAUUGAUUCUCGGUUGAGUUGCAUCGCUAAACGCCGGAUGCAUGUUGUUAUAGGUUUAAACAGGGUUUCUUGAUAAAGUAUAAUAUAAGUGAUAUAUUUAAUCAACAAUGACUGAAUUAGUAACAGAAAAUGUGGAAAGCGUGCGUUCUUUGCUUGACCAAAUGAAAAAUUUGAAAAUACUUGAAGAAAAUGAAUUGAGAACAAUUACAGUAAAAAUGAAAGACAAUGAAAGCAGACUUCAACGUCAUACAAAAAACAAAGAGGACUAUUUACGCUAUAUACAUUAUUUGAUAGAUAUAAUGAAACUUGUAAAACAACGAAGAGAGAAAAACAAAACUAAACAAAAAAAAUCUGACAUCGAACUUGCCAUAGCUAAUAAAAUUAACCAUUUGUACAAAGAAGCUUUAGAGAGAUUCUCAGAUGACAUACGCUUUUGGACUGCGUACAUAGCAUUUUGUAAAAGUGUAAAAUUUCAUAAAUGUGUAAACAAAAUUUUAGGGAGAAUGCUUGGGAUUCAUCAAGAUAAACCAAAGUGCUGGCUAACAGCAGCAAAGUGGGAAGUACAAGAAAAUAAUGAUUACAAGACUGGAAGAGAAUAUCUUAUAAAAGGAUUACAUCACCAUCCAGAAUCUCAAAUGCUUCAUACUUAUCUUUAUGAAUUGGAAUUAUCUGAUGCUCUAUCCAAAUUAAAGGAAUGUGAGACUGUCAUAGAUAUAUCUGAUGAUAUUGUAACAGAUAAAAUGGAAAAAAGAUUAGAUUUAAAAAAGGUUAUUCUUGUUUAUGAACAAGCUUGUAAAAAGGUCAAAAACAUAAAUUUCAUGAUUGAUUUAUUGAACCUAACUCAAGUACAUAAUCAUAAAAAAAUGAAAGACUUACAAAUGAGAAUCAUAAGAGAUUUAGUAAAAGGAUUCCCUCAUGAGCCAGCAAUGUGGGAUUUAAUGGCUAGGAGAGAAUUAAAUGGCUUAGCUCAACCAUCACUUAAUGAAAAUGACUCUGUAAUGGAAGUAGAUACUACUGAUCAGUCCUUGAGAGAUAGAAUAUUAAACUGUUAUGAAGUUUAUUUAACAGCAGUUAAAAAAAUAAAAACAAAAGAAAUGUGGUCGUUAUUUCUUGAUUGCUUGAUUGAAAUCAAUCAGGGUGGAACACUACCAAAUUUCAAACGUAAAUUAUUGAAAAAUGCCUUAAAUCAAGGACAUACAGCUGGUGAGCUAGAAGAAAAAUAUUAUGUAGUUUGGAUUGAUUUGAUAACAGCUAAUACAAGUCAAGAUGAAGAAGGGCAGCGCAAAGUGCUGGAGGUUCUACAAAUGUCCAUAGAAACUCUGCCUAAAAGUAUUGAUCUUUGGAAGAGAUAUAUUAAUUACCUUCUUAACAUAGAACAAAAAGAAUUUGCUCUAGAAAAAUUUAAUAUGGCUGUAGCAAUUUUAGGAAAAGACGCAGUUCCUCUGUGGCAAUUGAGAUUCCUGCAUAUUCAAAUCACAAAUCCAGAAGAAUUGCCAUCAUUUUUCCAAGAAGGACUCAAAAGUAUUCCCGAAAUUAGUAAUUAUAUAAAACCAGUUUACAUUGAAUGGAUUGUCUUAAACGAUGAUAUUGAAAAAGCUCGCUCUGUUUAUGAUCAAUUAGUCUUACAGCCCUUUCCUUGUUUGGAGCUUCACAAGAAAAUGGCAUCUCUUGAACUACUUCAGUGCAACAUAUCUUUGCAAAAUGCUCGCAAGCCCUAUGAGAUGAUCACUUUGCAAUUUGGAAAAAAAAGUAAAGAUGUUUGGAUAGAAUAUGUUAAGUUUGAACUCAAGUAUGGAGAUGAAGACAGAGUAUCAAACAUUUAUGAAAGGGCUAUUCAAAAUUUAGAACCAGCUCUUGUGGAAGAUUUUACUAGUGAAUUUAAUUUAGUAAAAGCUAAUCCUGAAUCGAUAACAUUGGAAUUUUAAGUAUCAUGUAUAUAGCAAUGAAUUACGAAAUUUGUAUAAUAUUUCAAUCUGUAUUUUUAUAUAUCGACAUAAAAAAACGAAACAUUUAGUUAUACAAUUUUUA